ACCCCGGAAGUUCGUAACCUCAAUGUCUUACCUUCGGUUAUGUAGUAACAUGUGAUGAAUUGACGGACUAUAACGUACAACUUAAGGAAUAAGAUAAAACAGUGUACAAAAUGAAGAGUAGAUUUAGCACAGUCGAUAUUAGCGCAGUGGUCAAGGAACUUCACAGGUUCCUUGGCAUGCGUGUGGUCAAUAUCUAUGAUAUAGACAACAAGACCUACCUCAUCAGGCUGGCAAAACCUGAUAAAAAAGUGGUCAUUUUGCUGGAAUCAGGAAUACGCCUUCACAGUACUGAGUUUGACUGGCCAAAAAACCCAGCUCCGUCCGGCUUCUCCAUGAAGAUGAGGAAGCAUCUCAAAGGUCGCCGGUUGGAGAGUAUUCAGCAACUUGGUGUUGACAGAAUUGUUGACUUCCAGUUUGGCUCCAGUGAAGCGGCGUACCAUGUCAUUCUGGAGCUGUAUGAUAGGGGUAACAUUGUCCUGACAGACUAUGAGUAUACAAUCCUCAACAUCCUCCGGCCGCGCACAGACAACAGCCAAGAUGUCCGCUUUGCUGUGAGGGAGACCUACCCUGUAGCGGUUGCCAAACAACAUGAGCUGCCGACAGUAGAGAGGUUGACACAAAUUAUGUCAAAUGGAAAAGAGGGAGAUCCACUGAAGAAAUUGCUGGUUCCAAAUUUAGACUACGGCCCUGCCCUGCUGGAUCACUGCCUGCUGGGCGCAGGCUUUGCAGAGAAUUGCAGGAUUGGAAAAGGCUUUGACAUCUCGCAAGACAUGCCCAAGCUGUUUUCAGCUAUAGAAGAGGCCGAGGAAAUGCUGCAGACAUUUCAACAGGAACAGUGCAAGGGAUACAUCACCCAGAGGAUUGAUAAGAAACCAAACCCAAAAGAUGGUGAAGAUGCUGAACUGCUCACGUAUGAGGCCUUCCAUCCAUUUCAUCUGCGCCAAGAUGAGAAGAAGCCCUUUUUAGAAUUUGCUUCUUUUGACAGGGCGGCUGAUCAGUUUUUCUCUCAGUUGGAGAGCCAGAGACUUGACGUGAUGACACUCCAACAGGAAAAGACAGCUCUGAAGAAACUGGAUAAUGUGAAGAAGGAUCAUGAGAAGAGACUGAACGUGUUGCAGAAAGAGCAGGAAGCUGAUAUUUUCAAAGGACAGCUGAUUGAAAUGAAUCUACAACUGGUUGACCAGGCCAUCCUGAUUGUCCGCAGUGCUCUGGCCAACCAGAUUGACUGGACAGAGAUUUGGAACCUGGUGAAGGAAGCCCAGCUGACUGGUGACCUGGUGGCCAGUGCCAUCAAGUCUCUCAAACUGGACACUAAUCACGUCACUCUUCUGCUCAAAGAUCCUUAUGUAGGAGACAUUGAAGAUGAGGACGAGUACCAGCCUGUGAAACCGAUGAGGAUCGAUAUCGACCUGUCACUCAGCGCCUACGCCAACUCCAGGAAAUUCUUUGAUAAGAAAAGACAAGCAGCAAGAAAAGAGCAGAAGACAAUGGAUGCAUCUAAGAAGGCUUUCAAAUCAGCAGAGAAGAAGACAAAGCAGACGCUGAAGGAAGUAGCGACUAUUGCUUCCAUUAACAAGACAAGGAAAACAUACUGGUUUGAGAAGUUCCUGUGGUUCAUCAGCUCCGAGAACUACUUGGUGAUCGGCGGUCGGGACCAGCAGCAGAAUGAGCUGAUAGUGAAGCGAUAUCUCCGUCCUGGUGAUUUGUAUGUCCACGCCGACCUCCACGGAGCCAGCAGUUGUAUCAUCAAAAACCCAACAGGUCUCCCUGUGCCUCCUAAGACUCUAAAUGAAGCUGGGACAAUGGCCAUAUGCAACAGUGCAGCUUGGGAUGCGAAGGUUGUGACCAGUGCUUGGUAUGUCCACCAUGAUCAGGUGUCGAAGACAGCGCCCUCUGGAGAGUAUCUGACAACGGGUAGCUUCAUGAUCAGAGGGAAGAAGAACUACCUCCCGCCUUCGUAUCUGAUAUAUGGGUUUGGCUUCGUCUUUAAGCUGGAAGAGGGCAGUGUAGAUCGCCACCAGGGGGAGAGGAGGGUGCGCACCGUGGAGGAGGACGAGAUGUCAGUGACAGAGUCUGUAGUCACGGAGAGUGACAUCACAGCUGACGAGUCCAUUGUCAGUGAUGACGACAGUGACAGUGAUGAGGGUAGUGAUGGUGAGAAGACGGGAGUUGACAAGAGUGGUGUGAGCAUGGACAGUAAUGAGGAGGGCAAAGACGAUGAUGAGGAGGAAGACGACGACGUGGAAGACGAUGUGGUGAAGGUGGAGGUGAAGAUAGAGGAAGACACAGAGAAGCCUGGAUCAGCAUUCCCAGAUACUUCCAUCAAUCUGCUCCAUGUCAAGGGAGACAAGUAUGAACUACAGCGGGGCAUGAGUACAACCAGCACAACAAGUAAUUUUUCCGAGAGUGACAGUCAUGUCGUGUACCUGGGAGAUGAUCAACCAGUUGUUCGUGGAGAGAAGACAAUACAGACUGGUGCCAAGUUUUCAGCCAAACAACGGAGAGAGCAGCGGAAGGCUCGUAAAGGCAAGACGCCACAACAGACCCCAAAAGAUGAUGAGGAGGAUGAAGAGAGUGUGUCAUGGAUGAAGUCGGAGGACGUUGUCGUGGAGAGGGAACAGGGCACACAGAAUUCUGUCACAGAUAACACUCAGGACACCUCAUCACAGAGCAGCAACCCUCAAACACAGCAUAAGAGAGGCCAGAAGGGGAAGCAGAGGAAGAUGAAGGAGAAGUACAAGGAUCAGGACGAGGAAGAGAGACAACUCCGCAUGGAAAUCCUCGCUUCUGCUGGGUCUCAAAAAGAAGACAAGAAAAAGAAAGGCAAAAAAGGCAAGGACGUGCAACAGCUAAAGGGAGGGAAGCCGUCUGGGCCUCAACCUCAGAGUGGUAAAGGUCAACGAGGUCAGCCCAUGGACAUCCACAAGGUCACAAUGCAAACAGGGGAAUUGUUAAUUGAAGACAAAACCACACUGCAGAAGCCACAGCCUUCAAGGCCAGUAGAUGAUGAUGAUAUUGACGAGGACAAGGAAGCGACACAACAGGCUGAGGACAUCCAGAUCCUGAACUCUCUCACUGGCUGUCCCGUCACAGAAGACGAGUUGUUGUACGCCAUCCCAGUCUGUGCCCCGUACAACACCCUCACCAACUACAAGUACAAGGUGAAGCUCCUCCCUGGCAACACCAAGAGAGGGAAAGCUGUGAAAGCUGCUCUUAAUGUUUUUCUUCAUGAUAAAUCUGCCACAUCAAGAGAAAAAGACUUGCUAAGGAUUUUGAAAGAUGAUCAGUCACGCAAUAUGCCAGGCAAGGUCAAGGUUGCUGCUCCUCAGCUUCAUCGGAAGAAAUGAGACACUUCUGUUUUCGCCCAUCCUUUCACCCACAUCAGUUGUAUGCUUCAUCCUAUCGAUACUCUCACCCGGAUUCCAGUUUAGAAUUAGUCCAAAACGACCUGUGCUUGUCAGGACAAUGCAAGGCGAUUUAAUGGAUUGGGUGGUCAUACUCUGUGAUUUGAUUUGGCGGUCGGGUAGCCUAGUGGUUAAAGCGUUCACUCGUCAUGCCGAAGACCCGGGUUUGUGAAGCCCAUUUCUGGUGUCCCCCGCUGUGAUAUUGCUGGAAUAUUGCUAAAAGCAGCGUAAAACCAUACUCACUCACUGUGAUUUGAUUGAUUGCCUGUCAUACCAUAGCACCCAACAGAAUGGAUCAUUGCUUAUAAUAUCAAUCACUGGUUUGUAUGGUACAGACUCUAUUUACAGACCAUUGUGAUAUAGCUGGAAUGUUGCAUUAAGCAAUGACCAAGCAAACAGUGACUCAAAGUGUUACUUCACUGUAGGUAAAGGGACAAAGAUUAAAUAUAUCCAUUGUCCCUCCAUUAAUGAAAACCAAAGAAUGAAAGGUGUGUGUCUGGUAAUGGUUAAGUUUCUGUUGAUCUGUUGAUGAUGUAAUAGUGAAAGCCUUGGCUUCUCCCAUAUUGUAUAAUGUCAAUAUCAUGUUGUAUAAUGUCAAUAUCUUUUGUACAUAAAUAAAAGUUUCAAAUGA